CGCUGUGGCUCUGGUUCAGAUGAUGAUGAAAGUAACGAUACACCAGAAGGACGUCGAGCAGCCAGAAAGAGAAAAGUUUUGGAGCAGAUUAACGAAACAUUUGCCGCAGAAGUAGCAGCUGCCACCACAGCAAGACAGAAACCUAAACGUGUCAUUAAGCUUCCGGAUGAACCAGAUGUCAGUGAAGAUGGGGUUAUAACCAUUAGUUUGAGAACCCCUAUUGGAACAAUUUGUCAGCGUAGAUUUUACAACUGUGAUACCAUUCAGUGCCUUCUUGAUUACAUCACAACGCAAGGAUUCAGCCAGACAAGAUACACAGUCUCUACAUCGUAUCCAAGAACGCUGCUAGAAAACCCUUGUAAUUCUUUCUCAGACUAUAACUUUGGGAAGAGAGUCACUUUAAAUAUCGAGGAAAAGGAUUGA